CAGAAUUUGGAUUCCAAAACCCUACCUAUCCCUCGCAAGUCGCAACACAGCAGCUUUCGGUCUGCGCCUCCAGCUAUUCUCUUGCACUCUUCCUCUUCUCAAACUUCCGACAGUCGCAGCGGCAGAGAAGAAUCGCCGUCGGCAGGGAUCGCCGGAAGAUUCACAGCCCCGCCUCUCUCUCGUCUCGGGUCUCACCGUCUGGUUUUAGGACUUUGUCGCCUUACUCGCACCAUCGCCGCAGCAAUGGAGGAGGCCGCUGCGAACUCGUCAUCUUCCGUCGCAGCUCCGAUGUGCUGGAGCAAUAUCUUGAAGAGCCAACCGCCGGUGCCGUCACCAAAGCCACAGAACUCUACGAGCGCGACUCAGAUGUUUGUCGAGAGCUGCAAGUCGAGCAAAGGGAUUUCGGUGGCUGUUAUCGAUGCCAAUGCGGUGAUUGAAGGCGGAGAGAGGCUUCAUCACCUGGCCGACAAGUUCGUCACCGUCCCUGAAGUUCUCGAUGAAAUUCGUGACCCUGUUUCCCGCCACCGCCUUGCUUUCAUCCCUUUCACUAUCGAUUCAAUGGAGCCGACCCCUGAGGCACUCAACAAAGUUGUCAAGUUUGCAAAGGCAACUGGUGACUUGCAGACACUGUCAGAUGUUGAUCUUAAACUCAUUGCCCUUACAUACUCCUUGGAGGGGCAGAUACACGGGACUCAACAUCUUAGAGAUGCUCCACCACCUGUCCAUACGGUCAAUGUAAAAAGGUUGCCUGAGAAGGAAUUGCCUGGAUGGGGCUCUAAUGUUCCUAAUUUGAAAGAGUGGGAGGCAAUAGAAAAUGAAUCUGGGGAUGGAACAAACUCGAACUCGAGAAUUCUUCCCUUGAAAGAUGUAGACUUGAACACUAUUGUAAUAGAUGAUGACAAAUCCGAGGCCGACACUGCAACUACUAAAGAAGACGAUGACAAGUAUUCUGAGAAUCAUGAAGAUGUAGAGGAUGGUAGGCCGAAGCAUAGAAGAUACCCAUCCAAGAAAAAAGAGGUAAAAAUUGAAGGGAAGAAAAUGGUUGCAGAUGGUAUUGAUGCAUCUCAAGGACAAGUUGAUGAUGAUGCUGGCGAUUGGCUGCCUGCUGUUAGUAAGAGUACUCAUAGAAAGUAUCUUAGAAGGAAAGCUAAAUGGGAGUACUAUGAGGCUUUAUCUGAGAAAGAGUCUCAGCAAGAUGUGGAGGGACAAUUGGCUGAUAGCAGCAAGACAGAAAGAAGCAACACUGAUCAGCUUCUGAAUCAAGGGUCGGAAGCAGAUGCUGCAAAAGUAGCACCCGAGGAGGAGAAGGUUGGGAACGUGGAUAAUGGAAAUGGAAACCUAACCUCAAUCCUUAAACAAAUGAGGCUGGAUGAAGAUUCAUUGGAGACCCAUCAGGAAGGGGAUGAAGAAAAAAAUGGUUUGAGAGGCAAUGAGUGUACACAUCUCUCAGGAGGUGAAAAUGAUGUUCCAAAUGCAGGAUUUAAUGAGUUGGAGACUUUGAGCGAGACACAUGAAAGCUGUGAUACUCACUGCGAGGAUGGUGAUAGUAGUGAGCAGAGUUGGAUGCUUAGAUCCUUGUCAGAGUCUAGCGUAGCUUGUGUUACUGGUGACUUUGCGAUGCAGAAUGUUCUCCUUCAAAUAGGUUUACGACUUCUGGCUCCUGGAGGGAUGCAAAUUCGGCAGCUUCACAGGUGGAUUCUGAAAUGUCAUGCGUGCUUCACUGUUACUGGUGAAAUCGGAAGGCUCUUCUGUCCCAAAUGUGGAAAUGGUGGCACACUCAGAAAAGUUGCAGUUACGGUUGGUGAGAAUGGGGUAGUUCUAGCUGCACGUCGCCCUCGUAUCACUUUGCGCGGUACAAAGGUAGUUGUCUAUCUAGUUGUCUUGAUUUUCAUUUCCAUCACGAUGUGAGGUAGUAGCAACAACACCGCCCCUUCUAAAUUGAGAAAGGGCACCAUAUUCUGACAUGUGUUACUCAUUUUUCCUAGCCAGCUUUUCCUUACCUUUACCACAAGGUGGAAGGGACGCCAUUACUAAGAACCCAAUUCUGCGUGAAGAUCAAAUCCCACAAAAGUACCUUCGUCCCAAGACGAAGAAGAAAAGUAAUAAUAAGGACGACGACUUCUUUGUUGGUGCAGGCGACAUCUUCAGCCAUGUCGACAAAAGGUCUGCUUACAAGCCACCUGUAGGAAAAGCAUUUACAGCUUAUGGUGGAAGGAGGAACCCUAAUGAUAAUCACUACUCCCGUCAAAAGCACUGAUUUGUGGUCGUGGGAUUUUUGUUUUAUGGCUCCUUGGCGUGUGACUAUUUAUGUCUUCUUGCACAUCUCUUCAUGUUCUGUUGGUGAAUCAAAUCCCAUUUUUGACGGCAUUUAUUUUUUGCUAGUUGAAUGGCUUCUCAGAGCAUUUAACUGCCGUUGGAAUUCUGUUGAAUAGAAGCCCUGAAUGGCCUCUCUUUCGUUGAUCGUGGCUGGACUGCGUAAUCUGGUUUUAUUGCCAUGGCUUUUUGAAGGUAAC